CCCGCUCUCACCAUGCGCGUGCGUGUCUGCACACGUGAAGGCGACAGUGCUCGCGUCGUUAUUGAUGCCUCUCAAUCCGACAUCGUCCUCGUACUCUUCCAGUCCUUUCUUUUUGUUCUCUCCUGCACGGAAUCUGCCAACGUCUACACAUUUCGGAUCCGUCUUCUUCUGACCAACGUUAGGGUCUCCGUACUGAGAGACAAUGAAAAGGCCCUGAUGAUCCAAUGGCCUGGGGCACCAACUGAGAUGUGCACCUAA